AUGCGCCUUUGUAUUGAACAGGGCCUGCACAAGCCGCCCACCACCCGCAAGUCGCUCCUCCACGAGCAGCUGGAGCGGAGGGUAUUCUGGGAAUGCUACAUCAUUGAUCGGUACAGCUCCAUCACGUUGGAUCGACCGCUCGCCAUUGCCGACCGGGAUAUCCGGGUCUUGCUGCCCGUCGAUGCCAACGAUGAGCAGCUUGACGCUGCCGAAGGCUCUGUCCCCGACCUCGACGUCUUCCAAGCCACACCCCUCACCCAAAUAGCGCAUACCGAGCUGAGUGUAUUCUUCACAUCGAUACGCCAUCGACAGAUCACCUCCAAGAUUCACAGCCUGUUCCAGUCAAAAGGACGCUCAGAUGGGCCCUCGGUGACGGCUACGGGCCGAAUCUACACAAAUCUCUACCGCCUCCUCGGCGAGCUCAACAACUGGCGCCAGUCCGUCCCUGUAUUCGACAAUCCGCAGUGCGUCUACGAGACACAAGACUGGUUCGACCUCCGCUGGAUGCGCGAGCGCUUGAUACUGGUCCGCAAGGCCAUGGACCUGGUGCCCAAGCGCGGCAAUAACCCUCUUUAUGGCUGGACUUUCAGUGGUGUUUUGCUUAUCAAGUCUCGAUGA